AUGAGCUCCUCCAAUCAGAUCUCUCUGCUGCUGUGGAAGAACUGGACGCUCAGGAAAAGACAAAAGCUCCGCUUUCUGGUGGAACUUGUCUGGCCUCUCUCUCUCUUUCUUGUAUUGGUUUGGCUACGGAAAUCAAAUCCGCUCUACCAACAACAUGAAUGCCAUUUUCCUAAUAAAGCGAUGCCCUCUGCAGGAAUGUUGCCAUGGCUACAGGGAAUUUUCUGUAAUCUGAGGAACCCCUGCUUCCGCUACCCUACUCAUGGAGAAUCUCCUGGUGUGGUUUCAAACUACAACAACUCCGUACUUGCUCGAGUAUACGCAGAUGUUCAGGAGAUGCUGUUUGAUAAGCCUGAAAUCUAUAAACUGAGAAAGAUCUGGGAUGAUGUGUGUUUUCUGUCUGACUUCAUGGAUAUACUCAGGACUAAUCCCAGAAAAGUUGCAGGGAAAGGUAUUCGAAUCAAAGAUAUUCUGAAGGAUGAUGAAACACUGACCUCCUUUUUACUGAAAGAAAUUAGACUCUCAGACUCCGUUGUUUAUCAGUUGAUUAACGCCCAAGUGCGGCCUGAAGAGUUUGCUUAUGGAGUUCCAGAUCUAGCCCUCAAAGAUAUAGCAUGCAGUCAGGUUCUCCUGGAUCGCUUCCUCAUCUUCUCGAAUCAACGGGGACUGCGCACUGUCCUGAAUGGAAUGUGUGUCCUCUCCCAGCAACGGCUCCAGAGAGUGGAAGAUGCACUUUAUGCAAAUGUGGACUUCUUUAAACUCUUCCAAACACUUCCAAGAGUGCUAAACCAAUAUUCAGAUGGAAUAGAUCUGCAUUUUUGGGUGAAUAUUAUGAAUGAUGCAUCACCCAUAUUAGAAGAGUUUAUCACAAAGGAUAGUAUUCAAGAUCUUCUCCAAGUGAUUUACCCACUCUUUACUGAAGAUGGCCCAGCUUCAUUCAGUCAGCUGAUGGAAUUGUUAUCAAAUCUAAUCUGUGGGUAUCCUGAGAGAGGAGGCUCUCGGAUCUUUUCGUUCAACUGGUAUGAAGAUAACAAUUACAAGGCUUUCCUUGGAAUUAACAGCACAAAGAAAGAGUCCCAGUUUACUUAUGAUUACACUACCACUCCUUUCUGUAACGCACUUAAUCAAAACAUGGAGUCUAACCCUGCAACCAAGAUAGUCUGGAAUGUGCUGAAACCACUACUGAUGGGGAAGAUUCUCUUUUCCCCAAAUUCCCCUGCAACCCAACAGCUGAUGAAAAAUGCUAAUGUCACUUUCGAGGAACUACACAGACUUAAGAAGAUUGGAAAGGUCUGGGAGGAGGUGAAGCCUCAGCUGUGGAACUUCCUCCGAAACAGUGUUCAAAUGAAUAUGAUACGAGACUCGAUAAAAAACCCCACAGUAUCAUAUUUCAUAAACAGGCAAUUGGAGGACAUAGACUUGACAGCAAGUGACAUCCUAAACUUCCUACACAACAGACAAUCCAGUGAACGUGCAGAAGGCAUGCCAAACUUUGACUGGCAAAACAUUUUUAAUAUAACAGACCAGAUCUUAAGCCUAUUCAAUAAUUACAUGGAGUGUUUAAACCUGGAUAAAUUUGAAGGCCUUUCUGAUGAGGGGCAGCUCACCCACCGGGCACUUUAUCUGUUGGAAGAGAACAAGUUUUGGGCUGGGAUUGUGUUUGUGGACAUGUAUCCCUGGACAAGCAAGCUUCCAACUCAUGUGAAAUACAAAAUACGAAUGGACAUUGAUGUAGUGGAGAGAACAAACAAAAUAAAAGACAGGUACUGGGACCCAGGUCCAAGAGCUGACCCAGUAGAUGACAUGCGCUAUAUCUGGGGAGGGUUUGCUUAUUUACAAGACAUGAUCGAACAUGGAAUUAUCAGGACUCACACGAACGUUGAGGUGCCAUCAGGGAUCUAUGUCCAGCAGAUGCCGUAUCCCUGCUUUGUUGAUGACAUGUUCAUGCUUGCAUUAACCCGCUGCUUCCCAGUGUUUAUGGUGCUCUCCUGGAUCUACUCUGUCUCCAUGAUCGUGAAGAGUAUUGUGCUUGAGAAGGAGAUGAGGCUGAAAGAGACCCUGAAAAUCAUGGGAGUCAGUAACUGGGUGCAUUGGGUCACCUGGUUCAUCGACAGCUUCACCAUGAUGGCUGCCAGCACAGUGCUGGCAACCAUAGUGAUUAUGAGAGGAAAUGUUCUUCACUACAGCAACUCUUUCCUUCUCUUUGCAUUUCUCCUGGUGUUUACUGUGGCCACCAUUAUGCAGUGUUUCCUGUUGAGCGUAUUCUUCUCCAAGGCCAACCUGGCAGCUGCUUGCAGUGGGAUAAUUUACUUCACCCUCUAUCUGCCUCACAUUCUCUGCUUCGCGUGGCAGGACCGUAUGACCACAAACAUUAAAUUGGCAGCGAGCUUGUUGUCUCCGGUGGCAUUUGGCUUUGGCACUGAAUACCUAUCCCGUUAUGAGGAGCAGGGACUGGGACUUCAGUGGGACAAUAUCCGUACCAGCCCUGUUGAGGGAGACGAGUAUAAUAUGCUGCUCUCCAUCAAGAUGAUGCUGUUUGAUGCCUUUUUGUAUGGAGUACUUGCCUGGUAUCUUGAUGCUGUGUUCCCAGGUCAAUAUGGAAUACCCUCUCCAUGGUAUUUUCCACUACAGCCCUCGUACUGGUUUGGUGCUGAAAAGUCACAACCUAUCACAGAUGCUUUAAUGGAACAAGAUAAUCUUUCAGGAAACCCCUUCUACGAGAAGGAGCCGUCAAGUCUGACACUGGGAGUGUCUAUUCAGAACCUAGUGAAGACUUUUGGAGAGGGGCACAAGCCAGCUGUGGAUGGACUGAGCAUUAACUUCUUUGAAGGGCAGAUCACUUCCUUUUUGGGUCACAAUGGAGCUGGAAAGACAACAACAAUGUCCAUGUUGAUUGGGCUGUUUCCACCCACAUCUGGUACUGCAGUCAUUAAUGGCAAAGAUAUCCGCUCAGACAUUGAUGCAAUUCGACAGGACAUUGGCAUGUGUCCCCAGCACAACAUUUUAUUUAACAACUUAACAGUGGCAGAACAUAUCUUAUUUUAUACUCAGCUAAGAGGCCAGACAGUAGAAGAGGCAGAGAAGCAGACAGAAAUAAUGUUGGAUGAGGUUGGACUUCCUCACAAGAGAGAUGAGCUGGCUCAAAAUUUAUCAGGCGGAAUGCAGCGCAAACUAUCGGUAGCUUUAGCAUUCAUUGGAGCAGCUAAAGUGAUCGUUUUGGAUGAACCAACAUCUGGAGUAGACCCUUAUUCCAGACGAUCCAUCUGGGACCUUUUACUCAAAUACCGCUCAGGGAGAACCAUCAUCCUCUCCACUCAUCACAUGGAUGAAGCAGAUCUUCUCGGUGACAGGAUCGCAAUAAUUUCUCAGGGAAAGCUGCAGUGUUGUGGCUCCUCCUUGUUUCUCAAGAAUUGCUUUGGCUCUGGUUUCUAUCUUACCCUGGUUCGCAGGAUGAAGAAAGCAAAACGAAGGAAACAAAAUGCCUCACUGACGUGUACCUGUGGAUCAGGCUGCUCCUGCUCCUGCUCCAACUGUUUCCCUAUUGAUGAGACUCUGCCAGAAGAAGAAUUAGAUGGUGAUGUGGACGCAUUGACAAGUCUCAUCCACCAUCAUGUUCCUGAGGCCAAGCUGAUAGAAAAUGUUGGCCAAGAGCUUUACUACUUGCUGCCCAGUAAAGACUUCAAACAUCGGGCCUACGCCAGCCUGUUCCGGGAAAUCGAAGAGACCCUCCAAGAUCUAGGCCUCAGCAGCUUUGGUGUGUCUGACACAUCGCUGGAGGAGAUAUUCUUAAAGGCUACUGAAGAUCCUUUGCACAGAACAGACUGUCUGAUACCAAGAAAAUCAGAAGCAGGCCUUAGAGAGGAACACAAGGCAACAGUUGUCAACAUUGAGACUAACAAUGCACCCAAAGAGGCUUCCAAGAAUGGACAGGAAUCGGAGAAAGGACAAGGUAGUGAAAGGAAACCAUCUGCUGCUGAGGGAAAAUCAAAUGGAGAGCCAGCGGCAGAAAGUACAGAUCCAGCCUCUGCUGGGCCUCCUGACCCCACAAUCGACAACCAGGACCUGGGUGGAAACGAUGGGAAAGGCUCCAGGCAGAUUAAAGGUUCAGACCUGAUCAAACAACAGUUCAAGGCAUUGUUUAUCAAAAGAUUCAACCAUGCUAUUCGCAGUCAGAAGGAUUUCUUGGCACAGUUUCUCCUUCCUGCAAACUUUGUGCUGUUGGCUCUGAUCUUCUCACUCAUAAUCCCUCCUUUUGGGGAGUAUAAAAGUUUAACAAUUCACCCCUGGAUGUAUGGGAAGCAGUACACCUUCUUCAGCAAUGAACGUCCAUGGAAUAAGAAGAUGAGUCAGCUAACAGAGGUGUUGGUGAAUAAACCUGGAUUUGGGACGCGCUGUAUGAGGGAGAAUCCCAUUGUGGGUUAUCCCUGCAGUAAUAAGACCUCUAACUGGGAAAUCCCUAAGCGGGACCCUGCGAUUGUCAACCUACUGCGAUCCCCAUUAUAUUCUGGCAGCAAUGCCUCACCAUCCUGUCAGUGCAGCACAAGAGGUCGGAUGAUAAUGCUCCCUUACUGCCCUGAAGGAGCUGGUGGUCUUCCUCCAGUACAGAGAAUCCAGCGUACAACGGACAUCCUGCAGAACCUUACCAAAAGGAACAUAUCAGAUUUCCUGGUCAAAACAUACCCCAAACUGAUAAAAAGCAGCAUGAAGAGCAAAUACUGGGUUAACGAACAAAGGUAUGGUGGGAUCUCAAUCGGGGGAAAGCUUCCAGUUUUACACCUCGACCUUAAACAGAUCGAUACCUUUUUCACUCAGUUGGGCCGGAUGUUCAAUAUCACUGGGGGCAAGAAUACACAGAUGGCGUUCAGAAGCUUAGAUGCUUUCCUGAAGCAUUUUGAGACUGAAGAGAAUAUCAAGGUGUGGUUCAAUAACAAAGGCUGGCAUGCCAUAGUUGCAUUCAUGAAUGUUGCCAACAACGCGAUUCUCCGAGCAAACUUACCUGACCGGCAACAUGCAGAGGACUACGGCAUAACAGUUAUAAGCCACCCACUCAACCUGACAAAGGAGCAGCUAUCAGAGGUUACUGUCCUUACUACCUCAGUGGAUGCAGUGAUUUCAAUCAGUGUUGUCUUCGCCAUGUCAUUUGUCCCAGCCAGCUUUGUGCUCUACCUGAUUCAAGAGAGGGUUUCGAACGCUAAGCACCUGCAAUUUGUCAGUGGAAUGAGCCCAACCACUUACUGGAUGUCCAACUUUCUCUGGGACAUGUGUAACUAUUCGGUAACCACAGUAAUGGUGGUCUUAAUCUUCAUCGGCUUCAAUAAGAAAGCUUACACUUCUCCAAAAAACCUGCCAGCUUUCAUAGCCUUGUUGCUGCUCUACGGCUGGGCUGUGACUCCCCUGAUGUACCCAGCAUCUUUUGUGUUCAGUGUUCCUAGCACAGCCUACGUUGCUCUGUCCUGCAUCAAUCUCUUCAUUGGUAUCAAUGGCAGUGCCGCCACUUUUGUACUCGAGUUGUUUGAAAAUGACAGGGCAUUACAGAUGUUCAAUAAAAUGUUGAAAAAUAUUCUGAUAAUAUUUCCACAUUUUUGCCUGGGAAGGGGUCUGAUUGAUAUGGCCAUGAAUCAAGCAGUGACUGACGUAUAUGCAAGGUUUGGUGAAGAUUUUUAUUUUAACCCAUUCCAUUGGGAGUUCAUUGGCAAGAACCUUACAGCCAUGGCAAUCGAAGGAGUCGUCUACUUCCUUUUGAAUCUCAUUUUCCAGCAUCGCUUUUUUCUCAGCCAUUUGCCACCAAGUCUCAACAACUUGCCUGCCAUUGAAGAAGAUGACGAUGUAGCUGAGGAACGUGCAAGGAUUCGGAGUGCGGGCAAGCACGACAUUUUGAAAAUAAAGGAACUGACCAAAUAUUACAUGGGGAGAAACAGGCCAGCUGUGGAUAGAAUCAGCGUAGGCAUUCGACCAGGAGAGUGCUUUGGGCUUCUGGGUGUCAAUGGUGCUGGAAAGACGACUACAUUCAAAAUGCUGACAGGGGACGUAGAUCCCACCUCUGGCGAAGCUUCAAUAGCGGGCUACAGUAUUCUCACCCAUAUUGACGAUGUUCACCAGAACAUGGGAUACUGCCCCCAGUUUGAUGCUAUCGAUGACUUGCUCACGGGCCGUGAACACCUUUUACUGUACGCAAGGCUGCGUGGUGUCCCAGAAGAUGAGAUUGACCGGGUUGCCGACUGGGGCAUUGAGAAGCUGGAUCUCACUAAGUAUGCCAAUCAGAUAGCUGGCACAUACAGCGGAGGGAACAAACGGAAACUCUCCACAGCCAUCGCCCUCAUUGGCUGCCCUCCAGUUGUGUUACUGGAUGAGCCAACUACAGGCAUGGAUCCAAAGUCUCGUCGGUUCCUCUGGAAUUGUAUUCUCAGUAUUAUCCGGAAAGGAAGAGCUGUAGUGUUGACCUCACACAGCAUGGAAGAAUGUGAAGCUCUCUGCACAAGACUGGCCAUCAUGGUGAAUGGACAGUUCAAGUGUCUGGGUACCACACAGCACCUGAAAUACAAGUUUGGCGAUGGCUAUGUGGUGACUUUGAAGGUUCAAGGAACUCAGCCUGGAGCUUCACCUGACCUGAAUCCAGCAGAAGUAUUCUUCAAGAGCAACUUCCCCAACAGCUUGCAAAUAGAGAAACAUCACAACAUGAUCCAGUAUAAGCUGUCUUCUUCAUCAUUAUCCAAAAUCUUCCAGUUACUGAUCUCCAACAAAGAGCAGCUGAAGAUAGAUGAAUACUCAGUUUCACAAACAACUUUAGACCAGGUAUUUGUGAACUUUGCCAAACAACAGAUGACUGAGGAUGAAAAUCUUGCUCUCCAUCCGCGUGCUGCUGGAGCCAGGAGGGAGGUAAAGGUAACACCAGCUCCAGUGGAACCCACUUAACCAAAUAUUACCAACACUUCCACUACUGAGGCAAAUAAGGAGAAGAAAUCUUGAGGAAGUGCCAACAAAACAGCAAUAAACAGACUGCACUACAUGGACUAAAUCACAAACAUUCUGAAUGUGACAUCUCUCCUCAGGGUGAUUACAAUAACACAAACCCCACAUGUGACAACUCUACAGUAUCAAUGUGAUUAUAAUUACCGGGAUCAGCAAACGGUAACAUCAAGUUUUGUGACAUGCAGAUUAAUGAGCAGCCAAUCUCAAAGAUCAUAUAUGUUUACCUCUAAUGGCAAGUCUACUAUCAAGGGGAAUGAUAGCUAUAAAUUGUGCAUGGCUGCAAUCAUCUCUCACGGUCAUUGCAUUGAUGCCUGCAGAGGAAUUCAUUUUAAUGUUGUGCAUUCCCCAUAACCUACAUCAUGCAUGUAUAUGUAAUAUGGGUGUGUGUAAAUAUAUAUAUAUAUAUUAUAUAUAUACACACAUAGAAAUUAAAUCUUUAUGUACUAAA